GCCAUGUCUCUCCGAAAGGGCGUCGCGGUACGAUUGCACCAGAGGGUACCUACACCUGGGAAGACCCGGCUAACACGGCCGCGCCCUGUCCGCAGCAUGCGCCCGUUAGUGCGGUCCCAUGCCCCGCGUUCCCUUCGCCGUAUGGGGUACAUGCACCUUCUCUGUACAGCCCGCGCAAAGCCCACCACCCGCGCCUGCCCUGGCCACAGCCCUCAGCCCUCGUGCCCGCUGGCCAACUUUGCUGCCUGAGAAAUACAAAUUCUCCCGGUUUUCCAGUCCACAACUUUCCUCCUUCUUCCUCCUCACCCAACUUUUUCUCCCCCCAACUUCCAAAAUACUAUCCACACACAACAUCCAGCUAUUACUCUGCGCCCAAGGCGACCAUCAAGAUGUUUUAAAUCACCCCCCCCUCGGUGUCUCCCCCCCCUCAGUCAAAAUUCAGUCCCAGGACUUUCAACCAAAUCACUCCACUCAAUCCCCCCGUUCAGCUCACCUUCCGGUCGACCUGAACUUCAGCCCUGCAUUGCAUAGCUUCAGCUCCAGUUCCCUCACAACCGCCAACAUUUCCCCCCAAGACUUUCCAGUCUUCACCACGGAUCCCCAGUCACCAUGGCUUCCCUCCAGUACGAACCUGCCGGCCCCACCCGCGCAUCAACAGCUACAGAGUCCCGAAUCCCCUCAGCAGGACUUUGUCUUGUUCGACCAGCCUCAGCCUCGUCAGCACCCUAAUCGGUCUACCACCUCGCUGCUCUCCCAGCGUCGUCACUCGUCACAUUUGCAAUAUCGUCGCCAACAGCCAGUUUCCCCUGCUGUUCAGAACCAACGAGUAGCCCAAUUACUCCAGGCUUUUGGUCAUCCAUCAUCAACCUCAAACAGCCGUCUACACAACCAGUUUUACGCAUCGUCGGCUCCCUCGUCGUCUGUCACAUUGAAUCAGCAGUCUCGUCCUGCUCGACCUCCCGUCCCCCUCUUUUCUCAAAGCACCGGUAGCGUCCAACAAACCGCCAAUAUGAUGAACGCCGCAGACGUCGAACUCGAAGAGUUCACGGCCUUCGAGGGCGGGGCUAACACAGCCUUCUCCUCGCCGGCCAUCCCCACUGUCUUUGAUUUCAACGGCAGUGCUUCAAGCUCUACUUCCAACCUGGGCACUGUUUCCCCCCAGGACCUGCUCAUGCAUGAGCCAUUCAUGUCUGCACCGAACUCGUCAGCUCUCACGGCCCUGACUUCUCCAUCCAUCUACAACGAGUCCCCUGACUUCACCGAUGGAUACGAUGUGUCGCCGAACUUUGGAAGCGCCGAGUUCGAGGGUGCUGGUGAUCCUUGGUUCCCUUUGUUUCCCCAGGACACCACCACUGUCCCUGAACAGCCUAGUGUGGACAACUCCCCUGCCCAGCAGUCGGAUGAACUGGAGUCGGUGGAGCGUCCAUCUUCCGCUCGUCGGAAGCCGGGUAACUCACCCCCUUCCACUCGUCACUCGUCUGUUUCUGGAGUGGCUGCUCGUAAGCGAGACAAGCCCCUGCCUCCCAUCAUUGUGGAGGACCCCAGUGACACCAUCGCAAUGAAGCGUGCCCGAAACACCCUGGCGGCACGAAAGUCGCGUGAGCGAAAGGCUCAGCGCUUUGAUGAGCUGGAGGAUAGGAUUGCAAAGUUGGAAGCUGAGCGUGAUCACUGGAAGAAGAUCGCUCUUGCUCACUCUGGAGCAUGAAAAGUAAAAGUGGAAUUUCUUUCGUCAAGUUAAUGAUCGGACCGCCGUGUGUUUGUUUUCCGGCCUAAUGGAUCCUGUUUCUCUUCAACUCUUCUGUACUUGAUAUUUAUCAAUCAACUUUGCCUUCUCUCAAUGUUUGCAUGAUACUUUUUGUGACUGGAAUGUCUUGUUUUCCUUGGUUCGGACAAUAUACUCCUUUCCACCUACGUUUCCUCCAGAGAGGCGUGUGAUGGCUGAAAGUCUCGGCCUACCUUUAAACUAGGGAUGUUGCGUUCGGUAGAUAUAUAAAUUAUGCCACUUCUCGCUUGAAAUGAAGAUUCUCGGUCUCAACAUUCUUAUGAUUUUAGUAGAAGAGAGACAAUUUGACGAUGCGCCGUUGCCGUAUGAUGACCUAUUCACAAGUUUGACACAAGCCACCAGGUCUGAAUCUUAGCUCAUAUGGUAUCAAACAUAUUUGCACUAAAGC